UCAGUAGGUCGGUCAGCAGCAAGCGGAGCCACUCAGGCGCUCCGUGCCUUUACGCACCGAGAGUCCGCACGGAUCUUCACUCGCACUCAGUGUUUCACCACCGCAGGAGAUUCUCUGUUUCAUUCGUGUGGGAUUGAAAACAAUUUUGCUGGAAUCUGCGUUGUUUGGACCUGAGACUUACUGCAAAGCGGAAUCUGUUAUUUUUUUUCCUGCUUUUUACGCACUUUCAGUUGGAUCUCAGUCUGCGCUUUCUCCUCGCUUGCAGAACUCCUGAGCUAAUCGACGAAGAGCAGGGGGCUGACAAAAGGCUUUUAGACGGACGGAGGAUAGAUGUAGCAGAGGGGUGCGGGUCGCGCAGCGGGAGGGAGACUUGUGUGUUUUCGUGGCGAAGCUGUUGGAGUUGUGUGGCAAAUUCUGCAAUGAGGAACGCGUAUAUUAGAAGCUGCAACAUCACAGCCGACCGAGUCGUGGUUGUGACUUAGCUCCGCCGCAGUUUGUAAGAAGCGCAGUGGUCAGGCUUAUGUGUGCUGUGGACCGUGUGCGUCUGUGCCAUAUGGAUCGUCUACUCCAUGGUAACUAAAUAGGAAGAUCUGUGUGCACUGUAAGUGUCGCCGUGAGGAGCAUGCAGUAACAGCCAUGCCUGUAGAGAUGGAGAAGACGGUCACCAAGCUGAUGUACGACUUCCAGAGGAAUUCGACGUCCGAUGAUGACUCAGGGUGUGCCCUGGAGGAGUACGCCUGGGUACCACCAGGACUCAAACCUGAACAGGUUCAUCAGUACUACAGCUCUCUGCCCGAGGACAAGGUGCCCUAUGUGAACAGCCCAGGAGAGAAAUACCGCAUCAAACAGCUGCUCCAUCAGCUCCCGCCCCACGACAAUGAGGUGCGCUACUGUAACAGUCUGGACGAUGAAGAGAAGCGAGAACUGAAGCUCUUCAGCAACCAGCGGAAACGGGAAAAUCUGGGUCGCGGCAAUGUCCGUCCGUUCCCCGUGACGAUGACGGGAGCGAUCUGCGAACAGUGCGGAGGCCAGAUAAAUGGCGGUGAUAUCGCUGUGUUUGCCUCCCGGGCGGGCCACGGUGUGUGUUGGCACCCUGCAUGCUUUGUUUGCAGCAUGUGCAACGAGCUCCUGGUGGAUCUCAUCUACUUCUACCAGGAUGGAAAGAUCUACUGCGGCCGACACCACGCCGAGAGGCUGAAGCCGCGCUGCACCGCCUGCGAUGAGGUAGAUGCCUGUCACAUGAAGACACACAUGCCUGCACAUGGAUAAUCGUGUGGUAAUAGA